UGAAUGAUGACACGUCAUGUUUCCACUGAUUUGUAGAUAAACAAGCCAUGCUGCAACCUCUCUCAGAUCACACUAGCCCAGGAUUCUAACCAGUAGGUCGUGAAAGACAUUGUCCUCCUAUCAGCACCAUGCCAAGCCAACUCCAGAGUGCCAUGGACGCACUUAUAACAGUUUUCUACAAAUACUCCGGGAACGAUGGAGACAAAUACAAGCUCAACAAGGGAGAGCUGAAGCAGCUACUGAACAGUGAACUCACUGACUUUCUCAUGUCUCAGAAAGACCCCAUGCUGGUGGAGAAGAUCAUGAAUGAUCUGGACUCCAACAAAGACAACGAGGUGGACUUCAAUGAGUUUGUGGUUCUGGUGGCGGCCCUGACCGUAGCCUGCAACGACUUCUUCCAGGAGAAGCAGAAGAAGAAAGCCAACUAACAGUUAAAUCCGAAAUGGCUUCCCCUUGCCUAUUUAGUGCACUUCUAUUGGCCAAAGCCUCAUAGGGCUAUGACAGGUCUAAAUAGGGCUCUGGUCAAAAGUAGUGCACUGCAUAGGGAAUAGGGAGCCAUUUCAAAUUGGCACGUGGAUAGAAAUAGAAUUAGAAACCAACAGAGGUAGAAAGUAACGAAUUACAACCACACCCAUCAUGCUGAACAUUGAAUACUGUGAUCACUUCUCAAUUCCCCAUGGUCUCAGUGGUACUAAAACCACUACACUAUAUGUUUAUCAACAGCAGAAGGAGAUUAGACUAAAGUCGAAAUCAUAAAUUGACAUACUUUUGCUAGAAAUAGGAUACUUCUGUCCCUCUGACGCAUCAAAACAGAUGAUUUCAAACAUGGUGUCACACUACCCUGAGUGCCAGACUGUUUCAGCUCUUAACAACACUUCUGGCCAGAGAACAUAACCACAGAGAUCUGGCUAGAGAACAUAACCACAGAGAUCUGGCUAGAGAACAUAACCACAGAGAUCUGGCUAGAGAACAUAACCACAAAGAUCUGGCUAGAGAACAUAACCACAAAGAUCUGGCUAGUGAACAUAACCACAAAGAUCUGGCUAGUGAACAUAACCACAGAGAUCUGGCUAGAGAACAUAACCACAAAGAUCUGGCUAGUGAACAUAAACACAAAGAUCUGGCCAGUGAACAUAACCACAGAGAUCUGGCUAGUGAACAUAAACACAAAGAUCUGGCUAGUGAACAUAACCACAGAGAUCUGGCUAGUGAACAUAACCACAAAGAUCUGGCUAGAG